AUGCAGCUCCUUUGUGUCGCAGCUUUACUUUUUUCAGCAGUUGCUGCCCAGGUGAGUUUCUCUCAAAGGUGAAAAUGUGUGAAGUCUUAUGGAUGGCUUUCAAAUAAUAACAAAAACACGUGUUACAAGGUUUGUUUGUUGUUGUUUUUUUCAGCCAGAUUUGUGGGCUCAGGAUGAGACGCUUCCACCUGCGGAUGGAUUCACGCUGGAUCAAGACACUCAGGUAGGGGAGAAAAGAGGAAUACACUGAAGACCCAGAGGUAAAAUGAUGCACUUAUCCCUUUUUAGUUUAGUUUUGGUUUCACUGAAUAAAUUAUUUGUUUAGCUCGGUGAUGAUGUGCAGGUGGUGACAGGCCCAGCGGAGGACCAGUGGAUGAGUGGAGACUGGCCAGAAUGGGCCGCAGUCAGGGUAUGUAUAUCAUAACAGAUACUGUAGAUAUGAAUUAGUGAUGACAUGCUAGCUGCAGAUAAUCAUAGUGUCUCCUUUUAUUGUUCGGAUGGUUACAUGACUUUGUAUUGGCUGCAAAAGACACUUAUUGAACCCAGUGCCCUUUCCUUAGGUGGGAUAUUUACACAUCUUUGUGUUCUUUUUUUUUCCACCAGCCCAGUUAGACAGAAAUUAAGGCAUCAACUCUGUUGUACUUCUUUUUGAUUCAGGAGCCAAAACUGUCAGAACUUUCUAAAAUUUCAGCCUGUCUGCACCGAAAAAAAGAUUUACUUAAAAAAUAUAUUGUAAGUAUUUGCACGCAAGUGAUUGAAGUAAGUAAAUUUAACUUUCCAUCAAACAUAUCAGUUGUGGUAAUAUUAUGUAACAUUUACUUAACUACAUCCAAGUUUAACAACAGACAGACUAAGAAUAGGGGGGUAUUGAACCGCCAACCUUCCAGUUAUUGGACGACCGCUCCACCUCCUAAGCUACUGCUGCCCCCGACCUUCCUCUGUGAUCCUGUAGCGUCCAAAAUCAGGGCAGAGCCAGUCCUGUUCUAGGCUACAGUGGGAGUAAAGUUUAUGUAGGAUUUUUAGGUUUAUGUACAUACAACUAUUAAACAUUUAAAUAGUAUAAAGAAACCUAAGUAAAAUAUACAGUACUCUUCCCCCAUAAUUCACGUAUUACUUUAAAAAAAUGUUUAAUUUUACUUAAGAAACUUUAGUUCUCACUAAAUCUUAAAAAUACAAGGUAGAAAUUAUGACUCUAAUAGAGUUUAUUGCAUCAAAAAGUCACUUUUUUCAGUGUGGAUAUCUUCAUCAGGCUUUUACCGUAGACUGUGGUGACCAAGAUGAUCUGCUGUUACCUGAUACUUUAUUCUGUAUAAUCUGUAUUACUCACAGGCUCCUGGUUUCCAAACUAAUGGUGCAAGAGUCCCUCUGCGUGGGUUUGGCUUUGGCCGGUGGUUUGGUCCAGUGGUAAGCUCACAAUGGCAUGUAGUGAGAUUAUAACUGGAAUGAUUCAAGUGUAGUAUUCAAGGUCGAGACCUCUUUAAACUCUCCAGUUCAGACUGUGAUCUUAAAUUUUAGAGAGCCUCUGUUUAAUGUCUGUUGCGUUUUUUUCUUUUCUAAAGGUUUUCAAAAACUUUACAAAUGUGCUUUUCUAUCAUUGAACAUAAAUAAUACCUGCAUUCUUGUUUUAGGAGUGUGUGUCAACAUUCACGGUAGGCUGACUUUUAUCUUCAUUCAAAUAAAUUCACUCAAAUCCCUCACUGAAGUUAGCUAAAACUCUGAUUUUCUUCUGCCUAUAAUCACUCAGGUUGGCAACUUUACUAUCCAGGUGAGAUCCUUCACAAAAGAUGUUUAGAGAAUAUAUUCAUGUUGGGCACAUUAGUGAAAAUGAAAACUUUCUUUGUAUCUACAGCCUGACUCUGGUGUGACUCUGCAGCAGGUAAACAUCAUGGUUUAGUUACUUGAUUUGCCUUUUAGGGAAGAACUCCUCAAGUCAUGAGCAGAUUUAUGUAAAGAUGAAACAUUAAGAUGACCCUCUGUGUGAAAACCUUGCAGGGGGAGAGCAUAUUUGUGGAGCAGAAGGUAGGUGACAGAAUAAUAUCAGUACCACGGGAUGAACGAUUUUGAAUGGCAUUAUGAACACUAAUAAAUGCGUCAAUCCAUCUGCAGUGUGGCAACAGGAGACCUCACUAUCCCAAGGUAUGUAAAGGAAUUAAAUCAUACACUUACAUGGUUACAGAGUAUAUUAGCGUAUUGUUCCUAGUUUGACUAAGGAAAUAACAGGCUUCUGGUGUAUUUGCUUGACCUGAAAUUAACAAGUUUCCUCUCCUCUUGCUUCAGUUUUACACUUAGCAGAGAGUUUAUCUUCAUUAAAUCUGACAUCUUCUGCUUUGUGAUCAGAUUUUCUCAUCACUUGUAUUUCAGAAUUGUGUGAAGUUCAUCUUCAACACCACAGAGCUGGUAAUCCCCGCUUCUAUUCAUACAUUAUGUUGUUUUACUUAAAACGUUUGUCUGCGAUAAUCAGCACAAUGUCUCUUUUCAAUGUAAAGAACCAAGUCUCCAUCCAGUUUGGUGUUGUGAAACCUGUGAGUAUCUUCUGUCUGUGA